AUGGUCGGGAUCUCCACGUGGGCGAGCGUGAUGGGCAAGGACCGGCUCGAAGGCUGCUACGGCGGCACGAGAGAGAUGGGGGCCUUCCGGGAGGCCUUGGCACAUUUUUUGGGUGUGCCGACCGCGACGGCGUCCUCCGUGCUGCCCUCCGCCAUCGAGCGAAUCACCAAGGUCGACACGCCGCAGCCGUGCGUGUGCGCGCUGCACGCGACUCUCUCGCCGACAGUCACAAAGUUCGACAACAACACGCGCUGGGGCGGCGAGAUCCCGAUGCGCGUGAUGCUCGAGAAGCUUUACUGUGAGCGGCGGCGCGUGCCGCGCGUGCUGCUCGUCGUCAACGGCGGGCCCGGCACGCUGCAGACCGUGCGCGAGUCGGUGAUGGGCGGCUGCCCGGUCGUGCUCGUGUCCGACUCGGGGGGGAUCGCCACUUGCCUCGCCGACUUCCUGAAGGCGGCGGGCAAGGAGUCGGCGCUGCAGUCGUGGAAAAAGAAGUACGAGGCCGAGUACGUCAAGAAGAAGGACGACCGACCCAAGUGGGACAAGAUCCAGCGCGCGAUGCAGGAGAUCGCCGCCGUGCAGGAGAAGGAGAAGAAGAUCUCCUCCUUCGCGCUCUCCGAGACGUCCACCGCGGCGCUCGACCUGCACGUGCUCAACGCGGUGAUCAACGACGACACGCAGUGCCGCGCGGGCACCCGGCUGCAGCUGGCGGUGCAGUGGAACCGGAAGGAGGUGGUCCAGUCAGUCAUGCUCAACCUGCGCACCAU